AACCCGAUAAAUAAACCCGAUUACAAAUCGUUAAAAGCGAAUGAUUUUGUUUUAAGGGUCAGAAAGAAAGAGGAAGGUUUUGGAGAUGACGGCGGCAACAAGGGGGGUUCAUCUUUCAUUACAAUUACCAUUACCCUUAUUAUCUGUGAGUCUCACAAGGUCUCCUCCAUCUAUCCGAAGCUCUCGGAAAAAUCAAUUUCUCCACUCCACUUCCAUAACAGAUACUUGUUCAUUCAAGCUUUGCUGCACCAGAAACGAAGAAUCAUCUCAGAAUAUGUCUUUCAAGGAUUUCUCAAUCCUGAAAACAGACCUUGAAUGUGACAUUGGAAGCACAUGGAGCACUAUGGCUUUCUAUAUAUUUAGUUUGCACAUCCCUCUUAGCUUUGGAGGACUAUCUGUUGUUGCACAACUACUGCAACAAACUGCUCUUGAUCCCAACACUCAGGUGUUUUCGUUGCUUCUGAUACAAACUUUAGAGCUUGUUUUAUUCCUUUCACUGCUGAAAUUCUCCGACAACCGUUUUAACAUUCUUAGCUCGUUUAAAACAAGAUUGUUGCCCGAGAAGCGGAACUGGCUACUGGCAUCUGUGCUUGGUGUUGGUUUUCUCCUUGCAUUGGUCUUCCUUACAUCGCUUAUAGCUGACAAGCUAGUCGGGCCCAAGGACGUUAACAACCCAAUUUUGAAGGAAAUCCUCUCGGGCGGGUCUCUUUCAGUGACGGGUUCCACUCUUGUUUACUGCCUCGUUACUCCGUUUCUUGAAGAGACUGUGUAUAGAGGUUUUUUGUUGACUUGUCUUGCGUCAACAAUGAAAUGGGAGCAAGCAGUUGUGGUAAGUUCUAUUGUAUUUAGUGCAUCUCACUUAUCUGUUGACAGUUUCUUACAACUAUUUGUUAUUGGGGUUGUUCUUGGAUGCUCUUAUUGUUGGAGUGGCACUUUAGUAUCCCCCUUUGUAAUUCACUCACUGUAUAAUGCUUUAAUUUUAGUUAUUACCUUAACAUCCUAAUGUUAUUUGUUUCA